GGAAAAAAAGGGUUAGGCUGCAUCGUUGUGUAGCGUUCAGGGAGUCUCGAGGGCGGGGCGGGGACCCGGCGGGUCGCUGAGGUGGGGGUGGGUAAAGGACGCUUUCCGAGGGCGCGCGGAGCGGAGCUGGUGACAGACACGCACGCGCGUGUGCGCUCCCUACCACUGCGCGGCCCCGGGACCCCCGUCGGUGGCUGAGCGGCCCGGCGUCCGCGCCACAGCCGUCUAGGAUUCCUGUCUAGAGGCGUCCCCGGCGUCCCCAGCCCGGAUCUGCGAGCUCCGGGCCGGGGCCGUGCCUGCUUCUGCCGGCAUCCCGUCCCCCCCGUCGUUAGAGGCUGUCCCUUAACUCAUCUUUCCGAACGCAGAGCCGGGUCCUCGCGGCCCAUGCUGGCCGCUGGGGACCCAGGCAGCCUAGGUCUGUCUACGGCCGGCCAGCCGGCCACCAUGGUGGCCCUGAGGCCUGUGCCGCUACUCCAGGGGGGCUAAUAGACCCAGAACGCGGGCCUAGGGGUGAGGGGAUCCCAGGCCAGAACCCCGCGCCAUGGCCGGAGCCAUCGCUUCCCGCAUGAGCUUCAGCUCACUCAAGAGGAAGCAGCCCAAGACGUUCACGGUGCGGAUCGUCACCAUGGACGCCGAGAUGGAGUUCAACUGCGAGAUGAAGUGGAAAGGGAAGGACCUGUUUGAUUUGGUGUGCCGGACACUGGGGCUUCGGGAAACGUGGUUCUUUGGACUGCAGUAUACAAUCAAGGACACGGUGGCCUGGCUCAAAAUGGACAAGAAGGUGUUGGAUCAUGAUGUUUCGAAGGAAGAACCAGUUACCUUUCACUUCCUGGCCAAAUUUUAUCCUGAAAAUGCUGAGGAGGAGCUAGUUCAAGAGAUCACGCAACACUUAUUUUUCUUACAGGUGAAGAAGCAGAUUCUGGAUGAAAAGGUCUACUGCCCUCCCGAGGCGUCUGUGCUCUUGGCGUCAUAUGCUGUCCAGGCCAAGUAUGGCGACUAUGACCCCUCUGUGCACAAGCGGGGAUUUUUAGCCCAAGAGGAAUUGCUUCCGAAAAGGGUGAUAAAUCUCUAUCAGAUGACUCCGGAAAUGUGGGAGGAGAGAAUUACUGCUUGGUAUGCGGAGCACCGGGGCAGAGCCAGGGAUGAAGCUGAAAUGGAGUAUUUGAAGAUAGCUCAGGACCUGGAGAUGUAUGGCGUGAACUAUUUUACAAUCCGGAACAAAAAGGGCACAGAGUUGCUGCUUGGAGUGGAUGCUCUCGGGCUUCAUAUCUAUGACCCUGAGAACAGGCUGACCCCCAAGAUCUCCUUCCCAUGGAAUGAAAUCCGAAACAUCUCCUACAGCGACAAGGAGUUUACUAUUAAACCAUUGGAUAAGAAAAUCGAUGUCUUCAAAUUUAACUCCUCAAAGCUUCGUGUUAAUAAGCUGAUUCUUCAGCUAUGUAUUGGGAACCAUGACCUAUUUAUGAGGCGACGGAAAGCUGACUCUUUAGAAGUUCAGCAGAUGAAAGCCCAGGCCAGGGAAGAGAAGGCUAGAAAGCAGAUGGAGAGACAGCGGCUGGCUCGAGAGAAGCAGAUGCGGGAGGAGGCCGAGCGUACAAGAGAUGAAUUAGAGAGGAGGCUCCUGCAGAUGAAAGAAGAAGCAACGAUGGCCAAUGAAGCCCUGAUGCGGUCUGAGGAAACUGCUGACCUGUUGGCUGAAAAGGCUCAGAUCACAGAGGAAGAGGCCAAACUUCUGGCACAAAAGGCUGCAGAGGCUGAGCAAGAGAUGCAGCGAAUCAAGGCCACAGCCAUUCGGACAGAGGAGGAGAAGCGCCUGAUGGAGCAAAAGGUGCUGGAGGCUGAAGUGCUGGCCCUGAAGAUGGCUGAGGAGUCAGAGAGGAGGGCCAAGGAGGCUGAUCAGUUAAAGCAAGACUUGCAAGAAUCCCGAGAAGCAGAGCGUAGAGCCAAUCAGAAGCUCUUAGAAAUGGCCACGAAGCCCACAUAUCCACCCAUGAACCCAAUCCCAGCACCACUGCCUCCUGACAUACCAAGCUUCGACAUUAUUGGUGACAGCUUGUCAUUCGACUUCAAGGAUACGGACAUGAAGCGACUUUCCAUGGAGAUAGAGAAAGAAAAAGUAGAGUACAUGGAGAAGAGCAAGCAUCUGCAAGAGCAGCUCAAUGAACUCAAGACAGAAAUUGAGGCUUUGAAACUCAAAGAGAGGGAGACAGCCUUGGACAUCCUACACAACGAGAACUCAGACAGAAGCGGCACCAGUAGCAAGCAUAAUACCAUUAAAAAGCCUCAAGCCCAAGGCAGAAGACCUAUCUGCAUUUGAGUCCUCAAAGUAGGUUAUUCCCAGCUCACUCUGCAGAGCGCCAAGUCCCGAGUGGCCUUCUUUGAAGAACUCUAGCAGGUGACCCCACCACCUCCCGCCACAUCUGCUGCUUCUGACACCAACAGGAUGGGCCUGACCCCAAAGGAACCAUCAGUAGAGGGCUGGUUUGUUUGCGAACGCUUGAAUAGAGGGCCCAGUCUCCUUCCUGUUCAGUUGUUUUUGAACUCUGACCCUGUAGAGAUUUCUCAAGGUGUUCUAGUUCUCCUGGCCUCCCUCUCCCCACCCCCCAUAAAUAUUUGUGCACCUUAGCACUGUGGUGUAAGUGUUGCUGUGCAUGCUCCUGACUUUGGGAAGCGGCUCUGGGGGUCCAGUGUGGAGGCUGUCUAACCCCUGUGCAGGUGCUAUCCACUCCCCUACUGGGGUUCUGGGAUGGGCCCCCUCUCCACAGUAAGGAUCUGCCACAGUGUAGAAGCAUGGCCUGGGGUAGCUCAGAACCAGCAGUGACGGCUCCGUAGCCAAGCUCACCUAAGGCACUGUAGCUGUCUGCGGAAACAGGGUGGCUGUGAUGGGGAAGAGGCUUAAGAUAAAAGCUGCUGGGAGACAGUGUGCACAUGAGUCCCUUCACUCUUAACCCACAUGCCCAUGGUGGGCCACGAGCUUCCUGGUCACAUUCCCAUGAGUACCUGGGAACUUGGCUGUGACCAGGACCUCCAUCUCUUCCCACUCAGCACAUGGAACCCAGAGCCCUGCUACCCAUCCAUCGUCCUCUUUACUACCUAGGCCUCAGUGGCAGUGUCCUUGUCUUCCCCAGGAUCCCAGCAGUGUCCUUUUUUUCCUCCUUUCCUGAGCCUGACAGAGAUAUCAGGCCACUCACAGUUGCACAAGUUAACACUGGGUUGCCUCCAUGCUGGGCAGCAAAUGCUUACCAUGUGCCUCACACACUCCAUGGUUGGACCUGUCUUCUAUGUAACUGGGGUCACUACUAUAGCCAAUCAGAGCCCUUUAAGUCCUAACCAAGCAGGUGAUAUGGCUCAGUCCACAAACAGAUGUGCCCUGAAGACAACUGAGCUGGGCGGCUGAGCAAUGGAAUGUUCCACAGUGCAGUUUGUUUUUGAGAAACUGAGGCAUACUACCUUGUUCCCACUGGCUGGUUAUUAGUCCACUUUGCCAUAGGCAGCCACCCAAGGUUCACUGCAGCAUCUUUGGGCACCUGGGAUAGCACUCUAGUCUGGAACCUAAGGCUGAGAAGUCCUCUGAACUUGACACCCCAGUAUUUGCCAAGUCUUCCCUGGCUCUGAAGUUGAGCUGUCUUUCUAGGCCUGAAACUGCUCUCUGACUUUCUUCCUCUCUGUACACUUGAUCUGACAAUGGCUGUGGGACACAGGUCAGUGAUGCUGGUUUAUAAAAAUUAUGCCAGGCCUUGAUUUUUUUUUAAUUUAACUAUGUUUAUAUCUCAAAUUUGGGAAACGCCAAGCUAUAUAGCCACAUGGGAGUCCUGGUAUUUGAGAAAUGGUGAGUGUAACCAUUUUUUGGAAGGUGGGGCCCAAGCCCCACUCAGUCAAAAGUACCUCAGCUCCCCUCACGAGAGAGGGUGGGGUUCCUAGAAUGUCUCCAGCCUGCAUUGAACCUGUAGCUGGGUUCUUUUCCAGUAGACUCUUACCAUGGGCAGGGGUACCCUAAUACUGAAGCAGCAAGUCACUCUCAGUGCAGGACACUGAGGCCUUGCUAUUGGCCUGUGGCUGGUCACAUACCCCGACUGACAAUACCUGAGCCACCACAGCACUCUGACCCGAGGUCACUGCCAAGCCUUGCUAGACACCACCAGUGGGCUUCUAUAACACUACUUCACUUACUGCUUUACCGUCUUCUAGUCAGGCUUCUUGUGCUCCCGUACUUCCAAAAAGCCCAGAGGCUGACACCCAGCAACAGUGACUAACUGUUCUUGCCAACGGGGCCAGAGCCUCAAAGCCCCUACUGCCAGUAGCCUUCACAAGGGACCCAGUCUCUCCUAGGUGCCUUGAGGCUAAGCCAGUGCCCAUGAGCUUUCAUUCCUCUGUUCAAUUAUCAAACAGCUCUUCAUGUGAGGCCAUAUCACUCCUGUCAGGGCCAAAACACGAAGCUGUUUUUUGUUUGGGGUUGGGGUGAUUAUAAUUUAAGUGAUUGUUUUAAUAAAAACUCUAAGCUGCUAUA